CCUCCAUUGCCAUCAGAUUUUGUGCUUCAACUUGUGCUUUAUGCUGCAAAACUCCUCAGUUCAGCACCUCAAAUUUCAGUUGUAAAUAAUUGCACACUAUUUGCGGACAAUCCAGCUCUUUGUAACAGUCCACAACUUUCCGCUUUUGCACUUGAAAGAUGUGCGAAAACUUGUGGCUUAUGCGAUAAACCUGGCUCGGCUGGUGGUUGCCCGGACACUAAUGAAAACUGUAAUCUCCUAAGAAAUUUGCAUUCCUGCAAUGAUACAUUUAUGCAGCAAAAUUGCCAAAGAACCUGUGGUUUAAAAAAUUGUUUAGGUAAAGCUUUUUUUAUAUUAAAUGUGAAUUUCCUUAUAUUAAAUGAAAUAUUAUUUUGUGGCAUUUCUUAG